UAUAUUUUUAGUAGACACUGGGUUUCACUAAGUUGGCCAGGCUGGUCUUGCACUCCUGACCUCAAGUGAUCCACGCGCCUCAGCCUCCCGAAGUGCUGAGAUUACAGAUGUGAGUCACUGAGCCCCGUCUAAAAGUAAAAUGUCUUUUAUGCGCUUCUCAAGGCAACUAUGUUAAGGAGGACACGUCUCUUAAUGCCAUUCUACAGUAGAUUUCUAAUGCUCUUUCUUGGAAGUUUGUUUUUCUGAGAAAAGCUAAAAAUAUAACAUGGAAGUGAUCAUAUUAUAUAAUCAAUGAACUGCUUUUGAAGGAGAUCAAACUAAUCUGGUCCACAUUUGCAACCAACCUUGACUGAGAGAGAAAGAGACAACUCAGGAUACACUUAGAGAUUUUAUUACCGGGAAUAGUUACUUUAUUCUUUUUACCUCAAUCAAUGCAUGGAAAUAAGUGAUAGUCAUUUUCAUUUAUCUUUUAAUAAAUAAAGUCACCCUAAGGAAAAUAAAAAGACAUUGAAAACCCAUUAAAGUCAGCUCUUGAAGAUAUCUGGGCAUGCAGACAUGAUAACUAACAUUUGCAUUCGUGAGACUUACCCAAAACCCAUACCUCAAGUCCAUUCUUUCAGAAUGUAUGAAAUAAAUAUCUCAGUGAGUGCAUAAAAUUGCACACCAGUCAUAUCCAUAUAGACAAGAACAUAUCUACUAGAAAAAUAAUAAACCCAAACACCAAUGUGUCUGUUUUCUUCUGUUUUAAAAUAUGUUGUUUUUGUUUGCAUAAUUGCGUCUUCCUUUUUUUUUUUUUUUUUUUUAAACAUCACAGAUAAAUUCAACUCUUACCUCAGGUUUUAUUCAGAGAACUAUCAAUGUGACUUGGCCCAUCUCUUUCUAGUCCCAGAAAGAAUUGCACUGAAAUGCUGAGCUCCUAUAAUGAAAACGACCAUUUGCUGAGAAUAAUUAACAUACUCAAAGAGAUUUUCUUAGAGUACACAAUGGUAACAUUAUAUUGUCUCUUUAUAAAUGACUAUUUCUGUGGAUUAUUUCUACAAAGUACUUUUCACAUGUCUAAUUUCGUUUCUUCCACUACGAUUACUGUCUGAAUACUGGCUCUGCUGUUCACUGAUACGACUCUCGGCAAGUUGCCUGCACUUUUUAAACUUUAUUUCCUCAUUCAGAACAUGGGGCCAUACGUAAUAAAACUCACUUCAGUGUUAUUGGGGAGUUAAACAAAAAAUGCAUGGGAAGUAUUUAGCAUAGCACCUGAGACAAUCAUGAGCACUCAGUAGAUACUAGCUUUUGUUAAUAUUGUUGUUAUGUCCAGAAGCACUGUACCUCCAGAAAAUCAUUGGUACUUGCUGGGGACAUUGGGAAUAUGCAUGACUUCAAAAGAUGUCACCACAGUGGAUCCCAAAGGCAAUUAUUCAGAAGAUGCAAAUGAUGUCACCACAGUGGAUCCCAAAGACAAUUAUUCAGUAGAUGCAAAUGUAGAGUCAGAUAGCAAGAAAUUACAAAGCCAGGGACCUGAAACAAAAAGGACAUAAUGUGGGGAUGGGUGAGUGCAUGGGUUUUGCAGCGUGGACUUUCACUCCAGCUCUUUUAAUGAUUAGAUGUAAGUGACCUACAUUUUGUGAGUCACAUUUUUCUCAUCACCCAACCAAGAAUAAUUACACCAGAUUUACAGUUAUUGAAGAGAUAAGGGCGUGAAUGUGAGAUGUCUAGCAUAGGGUAUCUCAUUUAGCAGACACAGAAUGAGUACUUGUUUCUGGCCUUUUCUCUCUACUUAUGCACAAAGAAUGUGACUAGAAGCAUUGGCUCUAGCCCUGCUCAACUUUCUUCUGUUUCCAAUACCAAGGGGCUCUGACUUAAGCUGCCACACCAGUCAAGGAGGGGCAGUAACAUCUCACUUGACGAAGGGCGGGGAGUUAUGAACACAUCACUUUUCCACACCAAGUACUGAUGUUUCUGGAGUUCUGACAUCAUGAAGACAAACAUGUAAAAUGGAAAUUUCUGCAGGCAGAGACUCAGCCUUGUAGCUCAUUGAGUAGCCACUGGUGGUCCACCCCCACUGUCUUUACUUAUUCCUUGACAGCACAUAUAUCUUGCAAAACCUCAAAUAAUAUUAAAUGCAAUCACCCCAUAAUAGCAUAGCCAUAAUCAGAGACAUUUAGGAAAGAUAGGUGAGUGUGCCACAACUACCUAACACAUCAGCGAAUCUGGAUUAACCACUUUCUUUGCUUUCCUACAAUGCAACCUUACUUUUUAAUAGCUUAAAAUGUUCUAUGUGAAUUUAGCAGAGGUUGUUAAUCAACUUAAAAGCUGAAUUCUGACUUAUCUGACUCUUGGUGGUGGUGGUAGCAGUAGAUGUUUACUUUUAGGUUUUAGUGGUGGUAGAAUAUCACUUCAAUGUAAAUCAUCAGAAAUAAGUAUUUGUGAGCCCCUCUCCCAUUAAUAUGUCUUAUUCUGU